CUUUCGCCCAUUAUAAAACUGUUAGCCCCUGGGAUCCGGAGUGAUCGCACAACAAGCGAGAGAAUGUGUGUGGAAGAGAGUGAGAUCGUACUCAAAGUGCCUCGCAUGACGUCCACUCUCGAUUAUAGAGCCCGCGCGUUCGAGACCUUGCAGCGAGUAGAGCAGCAGGGAGUUCGAUCAUAGGAACAAUCUCAGGAAAACAACGACAGCUGCAGACGGGCUGACGAUGAAGAUGGAGAAGCUGGAGGAAUCGUGCCAGCGUUGGGAUAGGCUUCUCAAAGAGAUCACUUCUGAUCCGCCCUGCAAGUUCGAUUUGGUGCAGUUGUGGACAUUGUCUUGUGAGCAAAACAAGUUGGAAGAGUUGCCUGCAGCAGACGUAGAAGAUGGGGAAGAGUUCACGAAGGCCAAGGCAGUCCAGACGAACCUGCUACGAGCAAUCGGGAGUUGCAAAGCUGUCGAGGAGCUUUUAAUCCGAGACGCAUCUUAUGGUCGCUAUGGCGCUGGAUUCAAUGUCCUUACGCCCAUCGAGUGGGAGUUAUUUUUCUCCAAACUUCAGGCCAAUCCCAAUCUGCGGUCGGUGGUCAUCGAGGGAAGCGAGUCUUUCUACAAAAUAGUCAUCCCUCACUUCACUGCGUACAUUGCUGGUAGUACAACCCUCGAGAAUCUCCGCAUUGGCGAGCUGCUUCGCCAGGUCAAUGUCAUUCCCAAAUCAAGGAUAUGUCGCUUGGAUGAAGAAACGGUCCAAGCACUCUCAGAUGCUCUCAUCAAGAGCAAAAGCCUAGAGUUUCUUCAAAUAGGAUCCUUGGAAGUAGCGAGCAUUCACAUACUUUUGAAGGCCUUGACUGGAUCUCCUCGGAACCAAUCUAUAAAGGUCCUGGAGAUAGACGAGUUCGUUGGGUGGUUGGGAUAUGCUUUGCCUAAUCUUCUGGUGUCGGAGAAUUGCACACUGAAGGAGAUUGUGCUGAACGUCUUGACCUGCUCGGAGCUCGAUGUCGAGCAAUGCAGUGCAAUUGGAUGCUCUUUGCUGCAAACGACUUCUCUCGAGAGGUUCACCCUGGUCACCGACCUGCGAAGUGAAGUCGACUUAGUGCCCACUUAUAAUGUGCAGAAUGCGAUGGAUGUCAUGGACGAGCUGGUGAAGGCCAGCCGAGGAAGCUCGAUACUCAAGUUCGAUUUGUGUAUCUUGCGCGAUUACAUGGAUGUCCAUCUGACUAGUUGGCUCGUGAAAGCGUUGAAUCGAUACUCUAACUUGGAUCGGCUUCAACUCACGACGUCCAGGGUCGCUGGCUUCGAAAUGCAUGAGCUCUUUCCGAUAUUCGAAGCCAUGAAGUCCAAUUUCUUCCUGCAAUGUCUCAGCAUCAAGAGCAUCAGCGCAGAAGGUGGUUGGAAGCACCUCACCGAAUGCUUGCAGCUCAAUACGAAUCUCAAAAGGUUGUCUUUUGAGGACUGCUCCAUCCUCGACGACGAGAGCUUCAAGUCUCUGAUGGAGCUACUGCAAGUGAACAUCUACCUCGAAGACAUUGACUUCGGAAGUUCCUACUCGCGUUCUGACGGACGCGCUGCAUUGGUGAAAGAAGCGUUGAGACGCAACAAAGCUUACAGGUUCAACAUCCAGACGCUCUCAAAUGCCGGACUCGCAUUCAAUGGUCCUAAAUCAGGCCGUCUAUUUUUGUGCGGAAGUCCUCAUGGAGGGAAGACAAGACUGAGAAUGACCAUGAUGAAGACCCGAAGUAAGAAGAGCUGGUUGAGGAAGGUCGUAUCCGGCACCAAGAAAACCAAGGGCGUCGAGGUGGAGAUGCUGAGGGACGAUGAAGACAUGCAAGUCUCGAUAUGGGAUUUGGCAGGCCAAUGGAUCUUUCGCGCUCUGCAAGACCUGAUAUUCCCGAGGGCGAGUCAGACCUGCCUGUUCGUGUUCGUGUUCAGCCCUCUCGAUGACAACCAGGAUAAGAUGAAGCCUGAUCUUGGACAAGCUUUGCGGUCUGAGCUGACAUCAUGGUUGAGGUUCGUGGCUUCCAACUCGCAAAUCACGGGCCAUUGCGUUCCACAUGUGCUCGUGGUCAUGACUCAUAAGGACAAGAUGGACAACCAGGAAUCCGGCUGGGCCAAAUUCAUCGUCAACGAUCUGCAAGAAAAAUUCAAGGGCGUGCUGGAUCUACAUGGAGGUGAAGAGCUGUACUACGUGGAUGCUCAUGCUACCAAAGAGGUGCAGCCCUUGACCGAGCACAUUCUUCGAUUGUUCGAAGAAUCGCUGCAACGCAGGACCUCCAUGGUUCCUUGGGUGUGCUCGCAGCUGGUUUCCAAACUGGCCAAGCGUCCCGUCGAGAUAGUGAACUGUCCUGUGUGGGGAAUCGACACACUGUACUCCUUCUUCUCGCAGGAGAUCAGGAUCUUGCAAGCGGGAUCCUUCGACCUGCGAGUGAAAUCCGAGCGAACUGUUCUGGAAGCCGUGGCGUUGUACAUGCACGAUGUAGGAAGCAUAGUUAUCAUCCCCAAUUCCGAUAUGGUGGUGGUCGACGUCAACUGGCUCACUCACAAGUUUCUCGGCCGACUCAUCUGCCAAGGUCAUAAUUUCCACGUCAAAGACGGAAGCGCGCACUUGAGCCCUGAUGGUUUCGUGGCCCAGUUCGAGCUCCAAGAAAUUCUUCUGAAACUCUGGACCAAGCAUCGUCGACAGGGCAUCACCUUCGACAUCAGGGUUCUCGAAGACCUCCUCAUCAAGCUCGACCUGUGCUACCUCGUUACCAGUAAGAAGGGAGAGACGCGUUUCUUCAUUCCCAGCCUCUUCGGUAAAGGCGAGAGCAAGCAACUGGUAGGAGCAACUUCCCAGCAUUCUCUCGAAUGGACUGCACCGCAGUCUCCAGCAGCAGAUUGGGGCCAUUUUGGUUUCCGCCUGCAAUGUCAUGACAAGGAAAGGACCUUGUUGACUUCAGCAGUUUUUCCACGGUUCCAGAUUCACUUGCGCAACAGAAUGAUUUCGAUUGGCCUCGAGAUGAUCCAGGAACAAUUCGAUUGUGCUCACGAUUACAUCAAGAUACACGUGAACGGCUGCUUCAUCAUCGUAGAGAGGGGUGGAGUUUCUGGGGAUCACGUGGACAUACUGGUGAGGUUCUCCAAGGUCAAGCAACGGGAGCGAGCGGCGGCCAUGUCAUUCGUCCGAGACAAUCUCCUGGAGGAGUUCCGAGCAUACUGCGCGUCCCCGAAAGGCUGUCCUGGAGUGGCCCUAUCCAUGGCGAUAAUCCGGCCCGAGUGUGUGAAGAAAUUGACACCGCAUUUGCACAGGACUUCCAACCAGGUCGUUCUGGUGGAGGAGUUGAAGAGGGAGUUCGCAGAAAGCGUCGAGCGCAACUUGCAGCACGCAGAGCUCGAUGGCAAGCAGUGGGGACAUGACAACUUCCUGCUCGACUAUCAGCAUACGUGGCCCAGAGUACCGCAGGCGAGCCUGCUCCCCCACUCCGAGCCUGCGAUCGAGCUCUUGGAAAGAAGGGAACUGGAGGAGGUCGUGAAGGCUGUCCGAAAACGGAGAGAAACCAGCCUUCAGGAAUUACGUCAAGUCGUGGAAACUCUGGAUGCAAAUUUAGGUGAUACCAAAUCGUCGGAAAAGACUGUCGUCGCUCCGGCAAACUCGGACGAAGGAAGCCUCGAGAUAUCGCUCAACGAAAGAGAUGCCGAGCUGGUGAACUUGAUCAUGUUCCAACUGGACAAGCAGCACGGCGUGGAUGAUGGUCUGAGCUCUUUGGAAGACCAGGUCCAGGGGAUUCGUAAGGACCUGGCGAGGAUCCUAUCGAUCCAGCGAGAGAUGCGCUGCAACUUGAUGCAAAUCAUGUCGAAGGUGGAUCGGAUGAUUUGCUACACGGAUGCACUGAAGAAGGCCAAAAUGCCCCGACGCCCCUUCUUGACGUUGGAGGACAUGGGCAUCCGAAAGAGGUUGGGCAUGGCUGUGCAGUUCGGGACUCCGGUUCGCCUGCACCUUCUGUGCGAAUCUCAAGCGGGACCACAUAUCAUCGAAAAGCAACCAGGCUGGGGGGUAUGCGUGACGAAGGAGAACAAGGAGUGGCUGCGUCUGAUCUCCGUGAAUUCGUUGAGGAUAGCGUGGUACUUGAUGAAAAGCGGAGUGCAACUCAUCCAUACGGGGCAGCAGCAGGUCAAGGAACCGGAGCUCUCUGAGCUCGGAAUUGGAUCCAAAGGUGCCUUGACGGUCACCGAUGUCACGCUGGAUUCCCUCAAGGCUCGUGACAGCAUGCCUCUGGUGCCGGGUGAUGAAAUGACGAGUGAAGCGUGGACUUUUUUGAAGAACUGUCUGGCUGCGAAAUUCGACUACGCGAACGAUUUCAAGCUCCAUCUGGUGAAAUACCGAGCGCCCACCGGAUCCAUAAACGACUCACAUGCUUGGCUCUGUGCAAAUUGUUUGAGCAGAGGCCAGCGGAAUGGUAUUUUGAGUAAAGUCGGGCAAGAUCAGCUUGCAAAUUGAGAAGUAGGCUAGCCACCGACUCCCAUGGUACAUAACCGAAACUCCGAGCACAUUAGAGCUAGAGAGAUCAGCAGCCCAGCACGACUUCCGCAUUACCAUACAUAGAAAGACAUGUACAGAUCUUUUACAAUUCGAAUUGUGUACAGUUCACUACCAUCUGGUGUCUGUUCGUCUUUCUACCGCUUCUGUGAUUGCACCUCAUGAUGACAACCGGCCGUGACCCACGACCAUGUAGGCUGCAUCGCAUGAACAAUUGCGUUGUAUCGUCAGAUGAUUGAGAAUGGACGAGAUGGACGCCGUUCAGACUUGGUUGCAACGUCGUUCUGUCUCUUACGAAACUCGAGGUGUUCCGCACUGUCAGCAUCUAAGCAGAGAGAGGCCUGAGCUUGAACAAGCUCAGGCCUC